ACUUGAAUUAUGCCACCGGAAGAAGAGACUGCGCGACACAACCUUCAGCAAGCUGUCGAAAUAUCCGGACUUUCUCUGCAGCGGCACGGCCUAUACCCCUGCCCCUCUCAGAAAACGGAGAUCCAGAAUAUCAUCGGCGAGCUAGGUUCAGAUAUAUGCGCGAUAGACGAGGCAAUCUGUCGCUUGCACGCGUUGCGGAAUGACCUGGUCGAGCAGCGCGCCGCCAGCCGAUCCGUCAUAUCCCCCAUCCGCACCUUGCCCAGCGAGUUGCUCUCGGAGAUCUUCCUGUUCGUCGAACUCCGGAUAUACCCGAUGGUGCUUACCAAUGGCCGCCUCUUUCACCGUGUCGAACCCCCUGCCUUCGCUUGCGUCUGCUUGGAGUGGCGGCGCGCUGCGCUCGGAACGCCAGCGUUGUGGACCGAUAUCCAUAUCAACGCGGCCACUCGGGUACAUGAGAAUUCGACCUUCAUGAUCAACUAUCUUGCUCGGUCAGCAUCCCUGCCUCUUCAGGUGCAUCUCCACGCUGGUGAUAUACGCGCCAGGGCGGCAUUUUCGCUUCUGGCUCGACUAUCGCAGCUCAGAUGGGAGAGUCUCACUCUCGACGCAUGCGAACGGCUAGAGCCACUCGACACUCCGAAUCUGUCUGCCGUCCAUGUCACUAACGACUGCUCAAGCGACGAUAUCGACUUGAUGUUUCUGACAGGCGCAUCCCUAGUGCGGAACUUGUCACUUGCCUUGGAUGUUGGCAACAUCAUCCUGCCUCCUUGGCCUGUCAUCUCUACUCUAAAGCUCACCAUGGUGGGCGCUGACGACACCGAGUUUUCUCACGCGAACAAGGUGAUCAACUCGUGCCGGCAGACGCUCGAAUAUCUCGUCGUGGCCGACAAUGGCGACGAUCCCAUCAAUACCGCCAACUCCAACCGCGGGAAACCGGUCGAAUUGCCGGCCCUUGUUUCCAUUGACCUGGAUAACUACACCUACGCUAUGAUGCGCACGAUCAUCGCCCCCAAUCUUCGCAGCAUCGCUCUUCGUCGCUGCCCAGCGCACGACGAUCUCGGUGAAUACGUGCUCGCUGACAGCGGUCUCAUGGCCAUGCAGUCAGUGCGCUGCCUCACUCUCGUCGAUUUCGAUUUCGCAUCCCUUGAGCGACUGCUCGAGGCGCUCGACGGUCUUCCGAACCUAGAACGCAUCAACGUAGUCGACAUCCUAUGUGGAAACAAAUUCCUUCGUGCGCUCGCAGAUCUCGGUGGCGGUGAGCGACCGCUGCGUCUGCCGAAGCUCACUUCCCUGUCGUUGUUCUUUCGUCUGAUGGUCGGGGUGACGAAGGAUAGGGAGCGGCGGCAGGCAUUGACGGAGCUGAUGCUUGCGCGGAGAGCCGAUUGUGUUGUGAAUGGCGUGCUGGUAAAGGGGCUCAAGGAGCUGACGACGAACUUGAGCAAGGACGGAUAGGUGGAAUAGUGUAUUAUCUUGGCGCAACUCUCAGGCUCCUAUAAACAGAGAAAAAGUCCCUUUAUAUGGGCUUUAUGAGUUCAAAGUCAUAACGAUGACCCC